UAACAGGUUUGACUGAUUUUAUCAUCUAAUUCCUCUAGAGAAAUUCAUUUGUGAAAUAAUGUUUGUACAAAAUUUUACUUUUCUGUGUUGCGGGCUUUUUCUCCUAAUCAUUUCGUCAUCGAAACCUCAGCGAAAUUACUCCAACAACGAAGACGAAAGUCAUAAUUCGACAGUACGAUACGAAACAUAUGCGGAUUCUGCAACCAUUUAUAGCGACGAGAUAAAACCUAUGCGAUAUGAUUUGUAUGAAAAGUUUACCGACGAUACGGAAUAUAACGAAAUGGAAUAUGAAUUUAGCACUAUUUCCACGAAUAUUGAUCGCGAAAAUGUUGAUUCGAAACUAUCUAAACUAAGGAGGCGUUUUGCUCACAACCAUGAAAAUGAUGACGAACUGAUGUACUCUCACAUCAAUUCAACAAAUGUCGAUCAUGAAGAAAACUCUACGUCACUGGAGGUUUAUGACAACUUGCUUGAAAAGAAUAAUUCCAUGUCGAAUAAAGUCUUUGAAAAUUCCAUUAAGUAUAGUAAUGAAAGUAACAUCGUCCCAUACGAAACUUGCCAUAAUAUUACUUGCAUUCAAUUCUGCUGUUCUCUUGGCAGUGUCAUGAGAUUGAAUGACACCAAAUGUGUUUUAAAAGAAAUGAAAUAUGUUUUUCCGAAUGUGUACGAAUACGCAAACGAUUCAACGCAGAAUAAAAGUAAGCGAGUGGACGAAUACUUUCAGUUAACUGUCUACGAUCCGUGCUUAGAAAUGCAACGUUACGUGGUACCCGACGGUCAUCAGUACGAAUAUAAGAUUUUUGCCAAUGGUUCUAUUUAUUUUACUUUCCUUGAAAAAUUCGUUGAAUUAUAUUGUCUCGUUGUCUUCUUGGAAAGAGGGAAUAGAUUUGAAGUGACUUACUGUUCAGAACAUAGUGUGGAACUUGAAAUACACGACUUGGAACCCACAUUUGAGUACAUUUGGAAAACUCGUAUAAAACAUAUAUAUUCCAGCUUGCUAUUAGUGUGUUCCUUAUUUUACCUGGCAAUAUUUCUAGUGUAUUCCAUAUUGCCAGAACUCCGAAAUGAACACGGCUUCCUGUUGUGUAAUUUCAGUGCAGUUUCAUCCAUCGUAAUCAUAAUUGAAGCUGUAAGAGUUUUAAAAAUCAAAGAGGAUGUAUCAUAUCUUCUCUGUAUUACAAUUGCUUUUUUGGAAUAUUAUUUCUCUGUGUCGUGUUGCUGCUGGCAAAGUAUCAUGAUCUUUAAUAUUUGGCAUACAUUCAGAGGAUUCUCUUCGUUACAAAGGAACGUUAGACAAUCAGGAAAAAAAAAGUUGAUGUAUUAUGCUAUUUUUGCGUAUGGAUGUCCAAUUGUAUUUGCUACUUACGUCGUCGUUGUGGAUUUUGUUUCUGAGUAUAUACCAAAUAUUUUGAGACCAGAAUUCAAAAUGGGAUCUUGCUGGUUCUCUCAAGAACAUUUGGAAGCACUUACAUUGUAUUAUUACUGGAUCAUAACUGUCUGUACUAUUAGUAGCAUUUGCUUAUGCUUCUCUACUGCACGGAACAUCAAACGCUACGAAAAAGAUGCAAACUUCAGUCUAACAGAUUCGGAAAGCAAGCAGUAUAAUAACAAUAAAAAAUGGUUUAAACUAUAUAUAAAGUUGUUUAUCGUGAUUUUUAUCCUUUCGGGUAUUGGGUGGUCUAUAUCUUCGAUUAAUCUGUUCUUUUUUACAACACGUGAUUAUGGUUAUUACAUUCUUAUUGUUUCUGUUUUGUUAUGUGUAUUAAAGAGUAUAUUCGUCUUUAUCAUAUUUGUAUGCAAGAAGAAAAUCAAGUUGAUGUUACUGAAACGAUUCGGGUUCGAAACGAAUGUAUCGACUUGAAUAUCACUUUUGAAAAAUCUAUGCAGGAAAAGUCGAGCUCUUGCUGAGAAGAUAAUUAUCACACAAAAGAUUCGUCUAAUGGGAUUGAAUUCUAAUGUUGUCAAUGUGUAAAGAAAAGUGUUUUACCACAGAUCAAGAAUCAAAUUUGCUGGUACACUGUCAAGACUUCUUCGGAAUUGUAUCUCAAUUGAUGGCUUAUGCACAAUUAUUUAAUUGUAGCGCUAAAUUGAUUUUCGCUAUAACCAACAUUGCGUUAGGCUGUGUCAGUCUACAUAUUUAUAUUUGUUUUAUAUUGAAAGUCUAAUAUAAAUUUUUAAUUGUUAUUAAAUUUCAAGCAUUACGGGAAAACUACGAGAAAUGUUCUUAGUCUCUUCUUUUAGUUUUUAUAAGUAAUUAUUACUUACAAGAGGAACACCAGAUAUGGUUUCCUCCGAUUUGGCUGAAUCUGAAAUAUGUUGUCCUAUCUUCACACUGAUUCUUGGUAAAAUAAUACGACCCAACUCUCAAGCAUUCGUAAAAAACAAAAAUGUAACCCUGCUAAUGUUACGUAAAAAUGGGCCUAAAAAAACCUUUUUUUUUAUAAAAAGACAAAAAGUGCGCCAAAUUCAACUGUAUGUAA